GCUCAGUGAGCUCUGCUGUCUUGACGCAGCGGCUCAUAUCUCCUCCAGCCGGUAGACGCACCGUGUUGGCCCGCUGACCCUCCGUCCUCUCACCGCGGUGGAAACAUGGCACUGAGCCGCCUGGAAAGAGCUCAGAUAUGGCUGCUAAAGGCGGUGAUGGGAGUCUUCUUCACGCUGUUUCGGUUCCUGUCGUCUCGUAAACCCGACGGUAGGAGGCUGCCCCCCGUCAGCAACCCGCUGCUGGCUGUGUCAGCGACGCAGCUCGCCAGGAAGAUCCGGCGGAGAGAGGUGUCCAGUGUGGAGGUGGUGCAGGCUUACAUUGACAGGAUCCAGGAAGUCAACCCUUUACUGAACGCUAUGGUUAAAGACAGGUUUGCUGCUGCUCUCCAAGAGGCGGCUCAGGUUGACAAGCUGAUUGAAGAGGAAACUGGAGGAGAGGAGGUCUUGGAGGACCGACUGCCUUUACUAGGAGUCCCUCUUUCUGUCAAAGAGGCCUUUGCCCUGCAGGGCAUGCCUUACACAACGGGUGUGGUGUCAAGGCGAGGAGUUACGGCCACUGUGGACUCUCCAGCUGUGGCCCUGCUGAAGAGAGCGGGCGCCAUCCCGCUGGGUGUCACCAACACCAGUGAGCUGUGCAUGUGGCUUGAAUCACACAACCAUCUGUAUGGCAUCACCAACAACCCGUACGACUUGGAGAGGAUACCAGGAGGAAGUUCAGGUGGAGAGGGCAGCAUCCUGGGAGGAGCAGGUUCGGUCAUCGGUGUGGGGUCAGACAUUGGUGGCAGCAUCCGUAUGCCUUGUUUCUUCAAUGGAAUAUUUGGCCAUAAAACCACUCCUGGUGUUGUAUCAAAUGAGAACCAGUACCCUCCUUGCUCCGGCACACAGGAGGAUUACCUCAGCACUGGUCCCAUGUGCCGCUACGCCGAGGAUCUGGUGCCCAUGCUCAAGAUCAUGGCCGGACAAAAUGCUGAAAAGCUAUCCUUGAACACGAAGGUGGACCUGAAGAAGGUGCGGUUCUUCACCAUCCCUGACGAUGGCGGGACUCCUCUGACCUCCCCCGUCACCAAUGAGCUCAGGGAGAUCCAGCGGCAGGUGGUGCAGCGCCUGGAGGCCGAUAUCGGCGUGAAGGUUGAAGAGGUGCAAUUCCCUGGGCUCCAAUACAGCUUCCAGAUCUGGGACACCUACAUGGCUCUUCCUGACAAAGACGGCAAACUUCCUCAGCCAUUUGCCGAGCUGAUGGGUGAGCCCGGACGGCCGGAGUGGCCUGUGUGGGAGCUGCUGAAAUGGAUGGUGGGAAAAUCAGAUCAUACCAUGGCUGCUAUCGGUCUGGGCAUCAUGGAAAUGUCUCACGGGUCCAAACCUCCCGACCCCUUCGCCAUCGAGCAGAAGGAGAAGCUGCAGAAGGAGGUGGAGGAGCUGCUGGGGACUGACGGAGUUCUUCUUUAUCCUUCGCACCCCAAAGUGGCGCCCAAACACCACCACCCGCUCUUCAGACCCUUUGACUUCUCCUACACGGGUAUAUUCAACACCCUCGGGCUGCCGGCCACUCAGUGCCCUCUGGGUCUGAGUGACGAGGGUCUGCCACUGGGCGUGCAGGUCGUGGCCGGGAAGAUGCAUGACCGUCUGCCUCUUGCUGUGGCUCUCUACUUAGAAGAGGCGUUUGGAGGCUGGAGGGACCCCGGAGCCAACUAAACACCCCCCCCCCCCCCGCACACAUGCUCACACCCCGCUAAAACAGCCAUUACCAAAACUCCAGACUGGAGCAGGUCGGAUCAGAGUUGGUGGUACACUGUAAUUGCCUCGAUGUGUAGUUCAUGGACACCAAGAGAUGCAAUCAGCACGUUGAAUGUUUAGGUGGGAAAAGGUUGAUCUUUGCACUGAGGAAUCAGUCAUCUCACUUAAUGUUAUAACUUUUAUCAUUUAUCCUGUUUAGGGACUGUUAUCUCAUGAGCACGAGCUUUAAAAAAUAAUUGAUUUUAUAUUAGUGGUGAUAUCUUUAAUCAAACAUUCACAUUAUCACAUAAAAAAAGAAGUUUUUUUUGUGAUGCAGUGUGUUUGACCAGGACUCUGGUCCUGUGUGUAGUGUGAAAUAGCAGCUAUCUUUCCAUUAUAAAACAUGGAAAAACCUCAUGUAGCUACUUUUUCUUCUAUUUUAUGCAGCUAUACAGUUACGUCGUGUGUAUAUUUAACUCUUAAAAAGGUCAGUUCAUGACAGGCUCAAGGUUUCAAAAAACACCUGCACACCUACAACUAGUGUUACUUCGAAUAAUUAAACAUGUGCUCAGGUUCAGGAUGCUGACGACACCCGACUCCAUUUACAUUAAAGAAACAAAGCUGUAACUGGUGCAACCAAUCAAGGGAGACGACAAUCAAGCUGAAUGAAAUGUGAACACCUGUGCUGCUGGUGUGUAAUACAUGUGUAGGUGCUUUUUAAUUAAUUAGUAAAGCUGACAGUGGAUAAUGAAACACAAAAAGGAAAAUUAAGACUUCCUUGACAUCAACAUAAGUCAAAAUAUUUCCAGUACUGACCAGAAAACCCCUCUCCUGUGUGAUAAUGUGAAUGUUUGCAGUUAAUCGACUGUGGUGCCUGUUUUAUGCUGCAACUCAUUUGUUUCAGAUAAUAAAAAAUUAAAAAAAUGG